CCUUCGGCCUCGUUUGGCGGCAGAGAGGAGCUGAGCUAAACGGUGUAAUAUGAUGGCUUCCGAAUUGAUGGCUUGGGUUUGGAUCGGUUUUACUCUAGCCCAGCUCAACAAACCAGGAAGCCACAUGUAUGCUCAUGGACAUUUGACCGGCCAGGACGAGCUUCAUGGCUGCAGCGCGGGAAAAUCUGAUUAUAGUAUGAGAGCCAGGACCAACCAGAGUUUCACUGCGGAGGUCUGGAAAUUUCUCCAAGGUGAGGGGACAGUCUUAAGUAGCUUCUGUCUCAAACAGCUUUUUAAGUUUGUUUGCAUUUCAUCGCAGCAAAACUGCUACAGCCUGUCCACGUGUUAACAGCAGCUAAAGUGAACCGAUUUUGCUGUCGGUUUGGUGUUACAAGUUAAAAUAUUAAUAGCUCUGCUUUUCUGAGUCACGAGUUUAGCUGAGGCAGCAGACUUAAAAUACAAACUUCAUCAUUGCACUCUAGUUAAAUACAAAUCUUCUAUUUCAACCAAGCAAAAAUUUGUGUGAUCAACUUACAGUGUCAGAGAAACUGAAUAAGAAACGUUUUUUUUCUCAUGACUUUCUGCAUUUUCAUACAGUAAUUCUUAGCAGUUGAACACUGAGAAACAUGUCUGAGAAUAUCAAACUAUUGGCUCAUACAGACUCUCAAAUUGGUGAACCUCUAAACAUAUGGGUGGUGCCCCCCUAAACAAACAAACAAACAAAAAUCCUGUUAUAAACUCAAAUAACAUUUUUAAUGGUAUAGUGAAAAAAACAUUUGUUUGACCAUUUUAACAGUUGAAAGAUUACAAGAUUACAACUAAGUCUGCCAGCACGUUUUCAAUAAACACAGCAUGUUGGUUUAGCCAACCAACAGGUUGUCAACUGAUAAGCUAAAAAGAAAUUUGCACUGUGUGGCGCAGCUGAUCAUCUUGGUUUGCAUUGACUCUGCAAAUUGUCAGGAGUUUUUCACUCCUGUGGCUGGCAAACAGCCUCUCCUUGCUGCCUGAUCCAACAGACAUCUUAGAUCUCUGUGGUAAGAUUUAUAAAUUCCUUUACGUAGGCUAUUAUUAUAGUUUGAUGUUCUAUUCUAGACUUAUUCAGUUACAAAGAAAUUAGUUAUUACUUUGACUAAGAUGAUCACUUGAACAGAUCCAGUUUCUAAUAACAUUCUGACUGUUAAUUUCCACCCCUUAUUGUCCUGAUUAUUAUGGAAUAUGUUGCUUGAAUUUAAAAUGAACACACCUUUUUCUGAAAUUUCAACAUUAAUAAGUUGUUUUUGAAUUACAUUAAGGGUUUCAAUGAUCAUAAAAAACUAUCAACAUGUGGUUAAGAUAAGAUUUUACAAAGCUUCCCAACUAUUUAGAAUUAGAGUUGUAUUUUCCAUUAUGUCUACUAUAUAUGAAAAUAUGAAAUGACCUCCAGAUAAAAAAACAAAACUAAACUGGUUCAUUUAUUUAAGUCAGAUUAUUUGCAGUUAUAAGAGGGAAUCCCCUUUCUAAACACUAGCCAUAACAUCCUAACAUGAGGUGUGCCUCCACCAUGAGGCUAUCUACACCCCCUUUAACGUUUUUGCAUUAAAAAAACUCAUUACCUGUACAGUAGGCUCAAAAACUUGUGAGGAUUUCUUUGACGUAAUUUUGUUUUUGUCUUGUUUAGUCUCAGGAAGCUCAGAUUUCAACCAGCCUCAGUAUCACUGCACUAAUGGAACACUGACCCUGCGCUUUUCACGUAUCAGAUUCUCAAAUCUGCAUCUAGAAGGUGUAGUAUGUUAGAAUUGUUGCCUAGCAAAAUUGUUUUGGUUUUUUUUUGCAUAUGGAGAACAGGAAAACUGGUUUUGCUUGAGGUCUUAAAUGUUGACCUAUAUCCUUUUCCACAGAUGGGGUGCAGUUGUUGUCACUUCCUGAGAAGUGUCACUGUUCCAUUCAGAUAAAUAGAUGGUGGUUUAUCAUGAAGUUUUCUUAUACUGGCUGCCAGAAUGCAAUGCAGGUAAUGUCUGAUCAAAAUGCAUCCCUAGCCAUCUGUCCAGAGUGGUAAAAGUGUCCAUCUGUAAACUUUAUCACUGACUGAUCUGUCAUUUGACGUUGGAAAUGUAAGUCUUCUGCCAUUCCUCCUCCAUUUGUAUUUUUAUACACAGAAAGUAGACAGGAUGGGAUGCCACCAACUGAAACUGCACUACUUUGAUCAUCUGCUGCAGCAGAACAUGACAGGCACAGCUCUCUGUGAGAAUCCAGACAUGUCAAAGCAACCAGCGUACCCGCAAGUUACAUGUGGAGCAACGCAUGUUACUGUGAAGCUGCCUCAUGGAACCAUUCUGAGGAAGGUGAAAGCACUUGGUAAGGAUUAUAGAGUAGGUGCAUGAACAAGUCCAUUCAUUUUCUAUUAAUUUGACUAUUAUUCCAAUAAUUUCAUUCCCAUCUCGGUUACAUCUUUUGUUUGUGGUCACACCUCUACCACGUGAUCCUGUGUGGAAUUUGUAAAAAACGUUGCCAGACAGAAGUACUUUGCUCGUAGGCUUUUAUAUGAUUAGCCGUAGUUAUUAAUUUAGUUUUCAUACCUGCACAUAGUAGUCAAGUUUGUCUGGGAAAUUUGUGUCUGCUGUUUUAGCAGAUCAUUUCAGAAAUGAAGGACACUUCAUGAGAAAAAGGAAGACACCAAAUGCUUUGGUUCUGGAGAUAUUUCAGCCGUCACAAAUGGUAGGCCUGACAUGCUUUUCAUAGAAACAGAGUUUUCCAACUUGCAUGUAAAAUAAACAAAAUUGGCCAUGUUUACAGGAUUCUGGCUUUGAACUGGUUUAUCUUAACUCUGCUGGGACUCAUUGCACGAUGCUGGUGUGCUGCGAAAAAAAAGCAAGGCAUCCUGCUAAGAGAGCACUCCAGGAACCUGAUUUAUUUGACUUGUGGGACUUUGAGGACAUCCCUGUUGAACCGUUUGAUCCAGACAUAACACCACCACCACCAACAACAACAACAACAACAACAAUAACAGUAACUGGCUCUGAAACUGAUACUAAUGAGGAAAGUGAUGAUUCUGAUGGGGAAGAUGAGUUUGAUGAGGGAUUUUAUGAGCUGUGGGGACUUGAGGAAAUCCCGGAGGAGCCUUAUGUUGGAAUAGACAUAGAAAUCACCCCAUCGACCACAUCUACAAUCACAGCUUCUCCCAUGACAACUACCACAGUCGACCCUGUAACAUCUACCAUUACAACAACGACAGAUCUCCCUGCUUUAACUUCGACAACAACCACAGCUGCGCCUGCCACAACUAGUACCACAACAAUAGCCGCUCCUGCCACAACUAGUACCACAACAGCCGCUCCUGCCACAACGAGUACCACAACAACAAUGAUUGCUCCUACCACAACUAGUACCACAACAACAACACCUGUUCCUGCCACAACUGGUACCAAAACAACCACAGCUGCACCUGCCACAACAAGGACAACAACAACAACAGCUGCUCCUGCUACAACAAGUACCACAACAAGCACAGCUGCACCUACAACAAGAAGUACCACAUCAACAGCUGCUCCUGCCACAACUAUUACCACAUCAACAGCUGCUCCUGCCACAACAAGUACCACAUCAACAGCAGCUCCUGCCACAACUAGUACCACAACAACAACAGCUGCUCCUGCCAGAACUAGUACCACAAACACAAUUGCCCCUGCCACAUCAAGAACCACAACAACAGCUACUCCUACAACAAAAAGUACCUCAUCAGCAGCUGCUCCUGCCACAACUAGCACCACAACAAUUGCCCCUGCCACAACUACCACCACAACAACAAUUGCCCCUGCCACAACUACCACCACAACAACAACAAUUGCCCCUGCUAGAACUAGUACCACAACAACAAUGGCCCCUGCUACAACAAGUACCACAACAACCACGGCCCCUGCUACAACAAGUACCACAACAACCACAGCUGCUCCUACAACAAGUACCACAACAACAGCUGCUCCUGCCGCAGCUAGUAUCAAAACAACCACAGCUGCCCUUGCUACAACUAGUACCACAACAACAGCUGCUCCCACCACCACUGGUACCACAACUACAGCCUCUCCUGCCACAACUAGCACCACAACAAUAAUUGCCCCUGCCACAACUACCACCACAACAACAAUGGCCCCUGCUAGAACUAGUACCACAAAAACAGCUGCCCCUGCCACAACAAGUACCACAACAACCACAGCUGCUCCUACAACAACGAGUACCACAACAACAGCUGCUCCUGCUACAACUAGUAUCACAACAACAGUUGCCCCUGCCACAAGUACUACCACAACAACCUCAGCUGCUCCUGCCACAAGUAGCACAAAAACAACUACAGCUACCACUGCCACAACUAGUAUCAAAACAACAAUCACAGCUGCCCUUACCACAACAAUAAUUGCUCCUGCCACAGCUAGUACCACAUCAACACAGGACACCAGAGCAGAGCCCUCAACAACCACAACAACACUAGCCUUUACAUCAACAACAGGGGAUCUCUCUGCUACAUCAACCUCAGUUCCCUCUACUCCUAGUGCUUGGGUCUCUUCGACCAAAACAGUGGCUCCCACCACUACAACAGUUAUUGCCACCUCUUCAACGACCACCACAACACUGCCCUCCUCAGCUGUAACAACUGGAGCCCCAUAUACUUCUACGCAAAGUUCAAUGCCAACCACAACAACCAAAAACCCUACAACCUCAACAACUACCCCCUCAAUAAGUAUAUCUAGUUCCUCCCCAACUAUGGCACAAAGCGAGUCAUCAUCAACAAUUGCCCCAUUCACAUCUACAAUUGUUUUGAGUUCCACCUCAACUCCAUCUACAGGUGCACCCUCAACAACCACAGCGGAGCACUUACCAACCAAAACAACACAAGCCUAUACAUCAACAACAGGGGAUGUGUCAACUUCAUCAACCUCAGUUCCCUCAACCACAAGUCCUACCAUCUCUGCAACUACAACAGUUGCUCCCACUUCUACAACAGUAGUUGCCUCCUCCUCAAUGACCACUGAAUCAGUUCCCUCCUCAACUGUAACAACAGUAGCCCCAUCUACUUCAACUUCAAGUUCCCUGCCAACCACAACAACCAGCAACCCCUCAACCUCAACAACUAGCGUAACAAUAAGCACAUCCAGUUCCUCCUCAACCAUGACAGAAAGCCAGUCAUCAACUACAUCCUUUGCCCCAUCCACAACUACAAAUGUUUUGAGUUCCACCUCAAGUCCAACAACAAGUGCACCCUCAACAACCACAGCAGAGCCCUCCUCAACCACAACAACACAAGCUUAUACAUCAACAACAAGGGAUGUGUCAACUUCAUCAACCUCCACCACAAGUCCUACCAUCUCUCCAACCACAACAGUGGCUCCCACAACUACAACAGUAGUUGCCUCCUCCUCAAUGACCACUGAAUCAGUUCCCUCCUCAACUGUAACAACAGUAGCCCCAUCUACUUCAACUUCAAGUUCCCUGCCAACCACAACAACCAGCAACCCCUCAACCUCAACAACUAGCGUAACAAUAAGCGCAUCCAGUUCCUCCUCAACCAUGACAGAAAGCCAGUCAUCAACUACAUCCUUUGCCCCAUCCACAACUACAAAUGUUUUGAGUUCCACUUCAAGUCCAACAACAAGUGCACCCUCAACAACCACAGCAGAGCCCUCCUCAACCACAACAACACAAGCUUAUACAUCAACAACAGGGGAUGUGUCAACUUCAUCAACCUCAGUUCCCUCAACCACAAGUGCUACCAUCUCUUCAACCACAACAGUGGCUCCCACAACUACAACAGUAGCUGCCUCCUCCUCAACGACCACCCAGUCAGUUCCCUCCUCAACUGUAACAACAGUAGCCCCAUCUACUUCAACUUCAAGUUCCCUGCCGACCACAGCAACCAGCAACCCCUCAACCUCAACAACUAGUCUAACAACAAGCACAUUUAGUUCCUCCUCAACCAUGACAGUAAGCCAGUCAUCAACUACAUCCUUUGCCCCAUCCACAACUACAAGUGUUUUGAGUUCCACCUCAAGUCCAACAACAAGUGCACCCUCAACAACCACAGCAGAUCCCACAUCAACCACAACAACAGAAGCUUAUACAUCAACAACAGGGGAUCUCUCUGCUACAUCAACCUCAGUUCCCUCCACCACAAGUCCUACCAUCUCUCCAACCACAACAGUGGCUCCCACAACUACAACAGUAGCUGCCUCCUCCUCAACGACCACCGAAUCAGUUCCCUCCUCAACUGUAACAACAGUAGCCCCAUCUACUUCAACUUCAAGUUCCCUUCCAUCCACAACAACCAGCAACCCCUCAACCUCAACAACUAGCCUAACAACAAGCACAUUUAGUUCCUCCUCAACCAUGACAGUAAGCCAGUCAUCCACAACAACCGUUGCCCCAUUCACAACUACAAGUGCUGUGAGUUCCACCUCAACUCUAGCAACAAGUGCAGCCUCAACAACCACAGCAGAUCCCACAUCAACCACAAC